AUUUAUAUAUUGUCUUGCGAUUUAUCUUAAUAUUCACAAUUGUAACGUAUACGUGAUUUGUAUUAGCUUAUUUCAACCUUUUACUGCGCAAUAAAAAUGGAAAGUGAGCUGCGGGAGAUUAUUGACGGAUUAUUAUGCACGAACAACGAUCGCAUACGUUGUGCCACAGAGAAGCUUAGGAAGGCACAAGAGCACACAGAGACGCUGCCAGCGCUGUGUAGCUUAAUUGUCUCGGAGCUUGAGACACAAGUGCGACACUUUGCCGCCGUGCUGCUCUACAAGCAACUGCAGGAGCAUCACAACUGGGAGCUGCUGCCUGCGGCUGAGCACAUGGAAAGCAUUAGGGAAAGGCUGCUGCAAGCGCUAAUGGACGAAAAGCAGAAAUCGGUGGGAUUGGCAAUUGCACGAGCCAUUGGCGUAAUGCUGCAACAUGAGCAGGACAGGCAGAGCCCAUGGCUGGUGAAUCUAGUGGAAUGCGUCUGCUUGCGCUGCAGCUCUGAAGUGCAGCAGGAGAGCGAGCAAAGCUCUGCGAUAUUUGCAACGCUUGCGGAUGCAGCGCCCGAUCAAUUAAUCGAUCACAUGCAGCGCAUUUGCGAAUUGUUUGCCAAUGCGCUAAUCAAAGGCGAGAGCAAUGGGAAUCUAGCCACAGCCACGCUGCUGAAUCUGGCCAAGGUGAUGAGCUGUCUCAUACCAUUUCUGAUAUUGGAUAAAAAAGCGGCGCACACUCUGCUGCAGUUGCUGCCGCUGUUCAUGCAAAUGCUGCACGCAUUCGCGCAAAAGGGCGACGAGUAUGAGUUUGCAAUUGUUUUUGAAGUGCUCGACAUAAUGGCCGAGUAUGUGCCCCAGCUGCUGGACGAGCAUAUGAAGCUGCUAAUGGAAUUCUGUUUGGCUACGGCCAGCAGCAAGGACAGCGCCGGCGGCAUAGUGCUGCAGCUUGUGAGCUUCAUGGCACGCAUUGUGCGUAGCAUGGGGAAGGCGCUGAUGCGUGAGCAGCUGCUGGCGCGCACAGUGGGCGUAAUCUUUGAGUUGAUGUGCCAGGAGCGCGAACUGGAUGAUGAUGAUGAUCUGUUUAGCGCGAGUCCUGCGGGUAACAAUUCUGUAAUUGUAGCUACCGAAACGCUCGAUUUGCUUGCCCUGCAUAUGCCGCCGGCCAAGCUGUUGCCGCCGCUGCUGCAGCUGCUCGAGCCCGCACUGCUCAGCGCGCAAGCGCAGCGGCGUCGUGCAGCUUUCAUUGCCAUGGCCGCCAUUGCCGAGGGCUGCUCCAGAGCUAUACGCAACACGCAUCUGGCGCAGAUGAUGCGCAUUAUCACUAGCGGCAUGGCCGAUGACGCGUGCAGUGUGCGCAUUGCUUGCUUCUAUGCACUUGGCCAGUUCGCGCAGCACCUGCAGCCAGAGAUUGCAGAGUUUGCAGCAACUAUUUUCCCUGCGCUAUUCAUAACGCUGCAGCAGCUGCUGGACGAGCUUAGCAGCGGCAAGCCGGAGCCGCCGCAUACGCCGCGCAUGUUCUAUGCGCUCGAGUCCUACUGCCAGUCGCUGCAGCAGCAGCAGCAGCAGCAGCAGCAGCAGAUUGUGCCCUUUUUGCCAACGCUAAUGGAACUGCUCUUGCCCGCUCUGGAGCCAGCGAACUCGCCCAGUGUGCGCCGCAUGGCACUGUCGGCCAUUGCAGCCACAGCUCAGUCGGCCAAGCAGCAGUUUGUGCCAUAUUUUGCACAAAUGGUGACGGAGCUGCGCAGCUUGCUGGUGGAGCAGUGUCCAGAGUACAUGUGGCAGCUGCGCAACGAGGCAAUGGAUGCAAUGGCUACGCUGAUGCGUGUGUUUGGCACGCCAAACUGCGCGCCCAUCAUAGAUGAGACAACAGCAUAUUGUCUGGAGAUGCUAGCGACGGGUCCCGUCGAUGCGGACUUUAGGCGGCCGCUGUACAAUCUGCUGGGCUCGCUGUCGCUUGUGGCCAGCAACGAGCAGAUGGCGCAUGUGCUGCCCCAGAUUAUGCAUUGCAUUAUAGCUGCUGUUGUCGGCACAGAGGAUAUGCUGCCAGCUGAUUGCAAUGACUGCAGCUGGGAUGACGAGCCGUAUGCAGUGGAGAAUGAUUACAUGUACGAAAAGGAGGCGGCACUGCAGGUGCUCAAGGAGUUUGCCCAGCACACAGGCAGCGCCUUUACACCGCAUUUGCAGAGCUGCUUCGAGCAGGUGUACAAGGUGCUUGGACAUCCACAGAACUGCAUACGCCAGGCGGCAGUUGAGGCGCUGUGCGCGUUUGUGCUGGCGCUGCACAGACAGCGCGACGCUGAGGGCGUCAAGUGUGCGUGCGAAAUUCUAAUGCCAGCGCUUGUAAAACUGCUGCUAGAAGCUGAAGGCGCAGGAUUGUUGCCUGUGCUCUACGGCAUGGGCGAGCUGCUGGCUGAAGUGAAGCAAGCGGCUGUGCCCGCGCCAAUGAUUGCGCAUCAAAUCUUUCAAUGCAUUGAGAAUAUUUUUCAACAGCAUAUGGAUGAUGAUGAUGAUGAUGAAGAGCAGCAACUCGACGUUAGCGAACACGAUGAGCUGCUUAUGGAAACUGCCGGCAAUGUGCUGCCACAAUUGGGCAAAGCGUUGACGCCCGAAACUUUCGCGCCGUACUUUGAACGCAUCUAUUGCUUCUACUUGCGUCAACUGCGCCAGGCAGAUCAGCGCACAUUUGUUUAUGGCGCGCUGGCCGCGUCAUUUCAGUCGCUCGACUGCUACACUGUGCGCUACUUUGACACACUGUGCCCCGUGUUCAUGGGUGGCCUAGCAGAUCGCGAGCCAGCGGCGCGUCAAAACGUUUAUUUUGGUUUGGGUGAGCUGGUUUAUCAUGCCAAGGAGGCGUCCUUUGAAGACUUUCCAGACAUACUGCAAGCUCUGCUCGAUGCCAUUCCGUGCGAGACAAAUGCGCCAGCGCUGGAUAAUCUAUGUGGCGCUCUGGCGCGCCUGAUUGUUACCAAUCAUCAGUUGGUGUCAUUGCCACAUGUGCUGCCUGCGCUGCUGCAGCAUUGGCCGCUGCGCGAGGAUGUGAGCGAGAGCGCAAUGCUAAUGAGCGCAUUCCAAUUGCUCUAUACGCAGUGUCCUGCCGCCAUAGACGAGUACUUGGAGCAGCUGCUGGUCAGCAGCUUGGCAAUGCUACACAAGCAGCAGUCGCCCAAUGCCGAGAGCACAGCCAGUGCAAUUGCUUUUGUGCAGCAAAUAGGCAAACAACAUGCUGACAAGUUGCACAAAGUGCUGCAAGCAAACUCUGACUUUCAACCAUUGAUGAGAAGUCUAGGUCGUCAUUAGUUUAUAGCAACAACAAAUUAUCAAUGUUUAAUGCUUGCUAGUGCAUUAUUUUAGUUUUGGUAUACAUUUUGGCAGCUGCAAAUUAUAAGUAAUCAAUGCACUAGCAACACUUUUGUUACCAAACAAUUGUUAAGUUUAUGUUAAUAGCAAAGCUGUGGCAAUUUGAAAUAAACGCCCUUUGGCA